GGGAGGGUGGGGGUGGAAGCGGAGCCGAUAAAAGGGGCGGCGGAGAAGGGGGCGGCGGUGGCGAUGGGCAUGAGGAUAACGACGCAGGAGAAGGUGGGAAUGACGGAGGAGAAGGAGGAGGAGAAGGAGGAGGAGAAGGAGGAGGAGAAGGAUCAAAUGAAACCCAACCCGGUGGAGAUUGUCUUGGAGGAGGAAACGAAAAGACCCAUAAUCAUACGAUCGGAGGGGUUGACAGGUAUCUUACGGAUGAAGAAGAAUCGAAUGUCGACCCUUUGGAAUCAGACUACGAGACCGAUUCAGAAGAUGAAAGAGGCCCAGACCCCGUCAAAUCAUGGAGAAAAAGGCAUUCUUUCACACCUACAAAUGCCAUCCUCGCUUCACUCGACCUUCUAAACGUUUCCGUCGUCUGGUCUCCACCCGGUCAAGCUCUCAACGUUUUGUCCCGAAUUAGGACACAAAGGGUUUAUCAAAGUCUAGGUGGAACAAAUGAACAUACUCAAAGUGUUUUCGAACAUGGACGUGAGGAGCAUGAAGAUGUUUUCCAGAACAUUUGUAUGGAUGAUCAUAAUCCUCUCUUUCGACAACGAGAUCAUGAUCAUUCUCAUCCUUCUAUCCCUCAGAGUCAACAUGAUGAACAUGAGUUGGAAAGGAGCCAUUUGAACAGUUCCAAAAGCCAAAAGUCGAAUUCGGGGUCUAGUGAUCAUCACCUCUGGCUUCAAUCCCGAACCGGAACCUGGAACUUGAAUCGUUAGGAUCCCAGAUUCCGACUCUUACUGAAUAUCUCGACCGUGAACAGUUUUCAAUACACCGCGAGAGUGAUGAUGGGGAUUUAGUUUCUGAUGAAAUCUCACCUUAAUGUCCAUCAAACAACGACUCAUGGCCAUGAGACGACUAGACAAACGUGGAGAGUAGGGGUAGAAGGAGAAGGAGCAUCACUCCAACUCGGUCAGUUCUUUGCCUUUGAGUCUGAAAUUUUUACACCUCACUAGAGGGGGACGUUCUCUACAUGCUCAUAUAAGAAUCUCGAUUGUUUUAUGCAUUAAUCAUGAGU